AUUAAAUUCCAACAAAGAUUAGAUUCUGUAAGACCAAACCAAAAUCGCAACCAAGAUUCUGAAAAAUACCCAAUAAAUUUCCACCUUCAUCAAAAUUUCCAUUUCUGCGUUUCUGAAGGAAAAGGGUAAAUUUUAUAGUUAUGGGGUCACAUUGGAAUUCAUUUCCGUUGGAGAUCAUAUACCAGAUUUUUGGUUGGAUUGCUUUCUUCUCUUGGUCUAUUAGCUUUUACCCGCAAAUUAUCCUCAAUUUCCGCCGUAAAAGUGUGGUGGGGUUGAAUUUUGAUUUCGUGGUGCUGAAUUUGACAAAGCAUAGUACGUAUCUUAUAUACAACGCUACCCUUUACUUCAGCUCUGUUGUUCAGAAGCAAUACCGCGACAAGUAUGGCCUUGAUGAGAUGAUUCCCGUGGCUGCGAACGAUGUUGCGUUUUCUAUACAUGCCGUUUUAUUGACAGCAUUUACGUUGUUCCAGAUCUUUAUCUAUGAAGGUGGAAACCAGAAAGUGUCGAAGAUUUCCCUCACACUUGUUACUGUUGCAUGGUGUGCUGCUGCGGUUUGUGUAUUUGUUGCUUUGCCAAGCCAUUCGUGGCUUUGGCUGAUCACUGUCUUCAACACUAUUCAAGUCAGCAUGACUGUCAUUAAAUAUAUUCCCCAGGCAUUUAUGAACUUCUACCGGAAAAGCACAGAAGGAUUUAGCAUAGGAAACAUUUUACUUGAUUUUCUUGGAGGAGUGACCAACUAUGGACAAAUGGCUACACAGUCUAUCGAUCAAGGUUCUUGGGUAAAUUUCUAUGGAAAUAUAGGGAAGACAUUGCUGUCUCUGGUGUCUAUCUUCUUUGAUCUCCUGUUUAUGGUGCAACACUACGUGCUAUAUCGCAGUAAGCCAAUCCAUCAUCCUUCUAAGGUUGAAGACGAGGCAAACAAGGAAGCACUCUUGAAAAGCUCUGAUCUACCAACAUCAGACCUUCCCUAAAUCACGAACAUGUUGGACGAAGGGGCCCAUAUAAUCGAUGUAGAGAACUCGUGAGUCGUGACCAUUCUUUGGGAGAGACUCUUCUUCAUUAUUCACAAUAUACCCCCAUAUUAGUCGAGGAACUGCGCACGUACUCGGUACUCCACACUGACUAAUUAUUGAAAUUUGUAGAAGAAAUUAAAGAGAAUUUGUACAUAUUGUAGUUAGGUUUUCAUUUUGGCAGUGUAAAAUGGUGGAUUUAUCCUUGUUUUGAUGCAUUAUACAUGUAUGGAAUAAACCAUAGUUAAGGGUUUUUGAAUUCAAUUGUGAGAAACAGUCUAUAUAGCUUUA